UUAUCAUCUACUUCUUCUUUUUCAAAGUGAUCGUGAGAUUUGGUAAGAAGCGGUGUCGGUCAUUUCUAUUUGCAAAAAAUAAUCAAGUCGCAAAAAUGUAAAUACAUUGGAUACACUCUAAGAUUCUCUCUAUUGACUACGGGCUUACGCAUAUUUUUCCUCAGGUCGAAAUGUUUCAUGAUCUCAGAAUAAUUACACUUUUUUGCGCCAGUUCCUGAUAUUACCUGCUCAUCCAGAUUUUGUACUUAGUAUCACAUUCCGGAAACUCAUCAGGGAUAGAGUUAGUGUUUGCGUUUUUUCACGUUUUUUGCGAAAAAUGGAUGCGUGUAGCCAUUUAAAAGAACAAUAUGAUACUUGUUUCAACACAUGGUUCACUCAGAAAUUCCUCAAAGGGGAUUAUGAUGAUGAAAUGUGCGCACCUCUUUUGAAAGUUUACACUCAGUGUGUUAAGAAAGCAAUGAAAGAAGAAAAACUAGAUUUCAAAGAGUUCGAAGAAGACAUCCUGGGAACAGAGAAAGAGUACAAGCCACCUCCCCCGAAAUGACCCAGUUCGUGUUCAUUGGUACAAAGCCAUCAAAUUAUUCCAUUCGUCUCUCUUCCGUACUGUUAGUCUAUUCGUUUUAUCUCUAUAUUCUGAGGGAAUGUUAGCAAUUUUUACCUAACUUAUAUUUCUGCGUCUACCUGUUGCUUGUCUCUAUUUUUGACCCAAGUUAUUUUUCUAUUUCCUUUCAAAAAGGAAUUUUCCCUGUAAAUACUUUUUCAAGCAACUGAAU